CCAGACCAGUGCCGGGGAGAGGAGAUGGGUGCAGGACACGGCGUCCCCAUGGCCCAGCUGGCCCUGCUCACCCUGCUGGCCCUGCCGGGCGCCGGGGCGGUGACAGUGGAGAACAUGCUCUCCCAGGUGGGGUUCUACCAGCGCACGGACCCGGCCCAGCGGGAGGCUGGGGAGUUCAUGUUCGAGUUCGACCAGGACGAGAUCUUCUAUGUGGACCUGGAGAGGAAGGAGACCGUCUGGCGCCUGCCUGACUUCGGCAAGUUCACCAGCUUCGAGGCGCAGGGCGCCCUGGGCAAUAUCGCCGUGCUGAAGAAGAACAUGGAGAUCAUGAUCCAGAGGUCCAACCGCACGCGGGCCCAGAACGUGCCCCCUGAGGUGACCGUGUUCCCCGAAGACCCCGUGGAGCUGGGCGAGCCCAACGUCCUGAUCUGCUUUGUGGACAAGUUCUCCCCGCCAGUGCUGCGCCUCACGUGGCUGAAGAACGGGCAGGAGGUGACCGAGGGCGUCUCCGAGACCGACUUCUACCCCCGCCAGGACAACUCCUUCCGCAAGUUCUCCUACCUGCCCUUCCUCCCCAGCCAGGGCGACUUCUACGACUGCCGGGUGGAGCACUGGGGGCUGCCCAAGCCCUUCACGAAGCACUGGGAAGUCCAGGUGCCCACCCCCGUCCCCGAGACCACAGAGACCCUGGUGUGCGCCCUGGGCCUGGCCGUGGGCAUCAUCGGCAUCAUCGCGGGCACCAUCCUCAUCAUCAAGGGGAUGAAGAUGAACGCCGCCCGCAACCCGCGGGGCCCAUUAUAAACACGGGGAGGAGCCGGGGCCCCCGAAUCCCCCAGGUGCCUUCAUGAGACCCACUCGCACCCCCCCCGCCUGCUGUCCCCAGCGUCCCUGCUCCGCUCCCAUCGGUGCCAGCUGCUGUACCCGGGCGGGAGCCCCCUGGCCCCGUAACCGUGACAAGCCAACCCGCUAGAGACUCACUGGGGAGCCGGCCCCUUGGGCUGCCCCUGCACCCCCUGCUGGGCUUGGGGGGGGGCGUCUAUCCAGGGAGAGGGGUGCUGCCCCAUGGGACUGGGAAUGGGGGUCACCCCUCGUCGGGGGGUAGCAGGGCCCACAGGGCUGAUCCAAACCCCAUUGCCGUAAUGGGGAAAGUUUCUCUUGACUCCAGUGGGCGCUGGAUUGGGCCUCGAGCCCGGCCCCUAUUGGCCAGAGGCUGCUGUCAGUCACCCCAGGUAAAGCCCCUCCAGCCAUUACCCAGCAGGCUUUGGGCCAGAUUCAGCCAUUCCCAGUCAAUGGGGUCCCUGUGGGGUGGGAUCGGGCCCAUGGCUGGGCGUGGGGCAGCCCCAGCGCCCGGCUAAAGGCCCCAUCGCGCCCGUGUGCGGCUCCCCUGGGGUCCAGCCCUGCUGCGCCCAGCGCGGGGUCUGUGUGGGAUGGGCCCAGUGCCUGUAUAGCCCCUGCCCUGCGCCCCGGGUGUGUCACAGCCCGCGCCCCCCCCCCGCGC